AUGACUGUAGAUGUUACCUCUCUUGAUGCUCAUGAGCAGCCAUCUGAUGAGCUCCGGGCCAAGUGGAAGACAUAUGCAAAGAUGGAUCAAACAUCCCUCUUUGAAAGUAAUGAGCUAGAUGACCUUAGCUCCCCUGAGAAAGCCGCCGGCUUCCUUCGUGCCGGCGAGAUCAAAGCAGAGCAGAUGGCUGCUUCGUUCAGGCACUUGGGCGAGGAAGCGUCUUCAAGCCUCCCUGAGGGACAGGACGCUCCGAUAUAUUACCACCCCUUACUCCCAGGACUGCUCAUUAUACCAUCUGUGAUCCCGCCUGAAAUCCAGAAGAUCCUGCUGAAAUAUAUGAUCCAUCGAGAUUUGAGCAAUCCCAAGCAUCAGACCAACCUGCACCCCCACUAUGAUCUCCCUUAUCCGUGUGAGACCUCAGAAAACGGCAUAUCCUUCUUUUCCUACCCCCCGGACUCAUCCGCCAGGUUUGAACCGAAAGACCCGGAAGUCCACCGGCCUCUUUCCGUCAAGCAGGUUAUGGACCGGCGUCUCCAUUGGGUAACCUUCGGGGGCCAGUACGAUUGGACAAGCCGCGUGUAUCCGGAGCAACGGCCGCCGGAAUUUCCCUCAGACAUCGGGGCAUUCCUCGAGUCCUUGUUCCCGGAGACCGUUGCCCAGGCGGCCAUUGUCAACUUCUACACGCCCGGAGACACCAUGAUGAUGCACCGCGACGUCUCGGAGGAGACGGACAAGGGACUCAUAAGCCUCAGCUUCGGCUGCGACUCGCUGUUCAUGAUCGCGCCGAACGACAUGGGGAAGAUGUCAGACGAGGAAAAGGACGCUGCCGGCAGCAAGCAGUAUCUCCUGCUGAGGCUCCGGUCGGGUGACGCCAUAUACAUGACGAAAGAGUCCCGCUUCGCUUGGCAUGGGGUGCCGAAGGUCUUGAAGGGGACCUGUCCGUCGUAUCUGGAAGACUGGCCCGCCGAAGACGGCAAAUACGAAGAGUGGAAGGGCUGGAUGAAGAACAAGAGGGUCAAUCUGAACGUGAGACAAAUGAGGGACUAG